CCUAAAUGCCAUGUGUAGUCCUUUAGUACAAAUAUAUCCUUAGUACGUAUAUCCAUGAAGCUUAGCAAUCCCUAGUUGGCAUUCCCUAGUAAUCUCCAGUCACCUAUCCUAUCCUAUCCUAUCUUGUCUAACUGGCCGUGGUAACCCUCCAUCGUGUAGUCUCGUGUCGUCUAGUCUCCCCUGUCUCCCUGCCCUUAGCGGUUUCACCUACACCUGCUUAUUAGAACACGCUUAAACGUAGAUUUAAGAGAAAUUUAGAAGAAUGUAGAGGGAAACCAAGUUUCUUGUCCUCCGCGUUACCCACUAUCAUAGAGUCUAAAGGGGUCUCCAUGUCACGUCAAGUCGCGGCAGAAUUAUCUAUCGUGCGACCUAUUCUUGUGGAUCGGCACACCCCGUUUCCACUUCGUAACGACGAGAAGGGUUAUAAAAAUGAGGCCGAUGUCCGCAACGUAGUAGUAUUACAAGAAGCUUUCGUAGUUGUAAACACUCCGAACAUCACGAUUUCCUUGCGAGCACUUACUUGCUCUUCGCUACAAUGACUACACAAGAUUCCCUCAAGCCGUCCGUGUUGAUCGUUGGUGGAGGCUGUUUUGGUCUCGCUACCGCCUACACUCUAGCUUCGUCUGGGUAUACAAGAGUUACAGUUCUCGAAAAAGAUGACGUGAUACCGAGUCGUUUCUCUGCUGGCAACGACCUCAAUAAAGUCAUCCGCGCUGAAUAUUCUGAUAAUUUCUACACGGAUCUCGCUGUAAAAGCCAUCCGCAAAUGGCAGAUUGACCCGUUGUACGAACCUCAUUUUCGCCAGACUGGUUUCUUAAAUGUGACUUCAGAAAGCGCCACGCAAGCAACCAAGGAUGUGGUUACGAAUUAUCUCACUUCAAUCAGGGAACAUCCGGCAUUUGAGGGGCAAGUUUCAACCGUUCACGGUGCAGAAGAGAUAAAGAAGGUUGCACCCGCGUUCACUGGUCCCACGGCAGGAUGGUCAGGUUAUUUUAACAAAAUGGCUGGAUAUGCUCAUUCGGCAGACGCAUCAAAAGCUGUUUACAGUGCCUGUAUUAAGUUGGGCGUCAAUUUCGUCCUCGGUAGAGACAAUGGAGAAGUGACUGAACUAGUUUAUGACGCCAUAUCAUCUAGAAGGGUGUGUGUCGGGGUUAAGACGCGUGGUAACCAGAUAUACAAUGCAGAAAAGGUCAUACUGGCUUUAGGUGCUGACGUUCCGGGUUUGAUUCCUCAGUUAGGGCCACAGGUUACUGGCCGUUGCUGGGGCGUUGUGCACAUCCAACUAACGCCUGAAGAGGCCUCGCCUCUCAGGGGCAUACCUGUCACUAAUGUUCGGGACCUUGCCUUUUUUUUCGAGCCUGACAAUGCCACCAACAAGCUCAAAUUCUGCCAUAUGGGGGGCGGCUUUACUAAUUUUGCCUUGACCAAAAAUGGAUUAUCACUUCCCUACGAGAAACUAGAGGAUUCUCAAUUCAUCCCAUUGGAUGAUGAGGCCUACGUCCGUAAACUGCUACAGGAGGUGUUUCCCCAAUUUGCAAACCGCCCACUAAUCGACAAACACCUGUGCUGGUUUGCAGAUACGAUAGACUCCGACUACAUCAUUGAUUUUGUCCCGGACACCAAUUCCUCGCUUAUUAUCCUCUCUGGAGACUCGGGUCAUGGGUUCAAGAUGCUUCCAAUCUUUGGAGAGUUCGUCAAGGAAAUUUUGGAGCGUGGGUCGCAGAAUAUUGCGAAGUGGCAGUGGAAAGAUGAUACCAAACUCAAACCAACAGGGACGUGGCGUGGUGACACGACCACUCAAGAAUUGUCAGAGAUACUACGUGCAUAGCUAACUAUACAACAUAUGUAUGAUGAGAAGAGGUACCUAGGUACUAUGUCAACCCCCUUUCCCAAGUAAAAAGGACAAUACAUAUUCCUCCGCGUAGCUAGGCCCACGGAGAAUACCUAAGAAAUUCGGACCCCGACGUUCCCGAGCUUGCCCGAGCCCAUCCGGAUGUGAUAAUAGUUACAUAAGUAACUAUUGCAAUCCCUUAGCUACCCCUAGGCCACUGAAACAUUUAGGAACAGGGAGUUACAUUAGUGGUUUGGUCUUGAACGGACUCGUAGUUCUUCGUGUGAUAGCAUAGUUAUUUGUUUCCCUAACUCAAACUUAUAUUUGACGAUAGGUAACAGGUAGGUAGCCUCAUUGAAUACCUACCUUAGGUACUCUUUAGUGACAUUGUGAUAUUUAUAUUGCGAUGCUUAUAUUCUGGUGUUUAGGUCGUAGUUUUUAAACCGGCAUCUGUACCAUGCGCGACCAAAAGUAUUGUAGCAUUUAUUCAUAAUACAAGACUCAUAUCAUAUGAGCAUAAAAGUCCUGGAUUAUUUGCUAGUAAGAUAGCUAACUACUUGAAACUACUUGAAUAGCAUGUAAUUGAUUGUUUAUGGCAGCGCUAUUCUCAUUCUGAAGCUGACCACAUCACGUCAAAAACAACCAGCCAAUAAGCGCUCACAAGGUGACAUAGCCGCAGCAAUAUGACCCAGAGAGUCGGUAACAGUCAUGGCAC